AUGCCGCUCUUUGUAAUAGGACGACCAAAUACAGCUACCCACGACUCCUUCAAACUUCCUACUCUGGCACAUCUAGCCGCCUGUCAACGACGCGGUGUACCCAUCUGGGACGCACUACUGAACAAGUCCUCAAGAAAAUAUCCUUUUCUCCUCUUCGCUCUCACAGAUACUGUUGCUACGGCCCACAUGAGUAAAUCUGUGGGUCACCAUGGGUGUAGUGGCUGUCAGCUUCUGUGUGAAAUGCCUGGACACCAUAAACCUGGGGUUGGAACCUAUUAUCCUGCCCUGUUGCGACUGAACAGCACUCGUCUUCCCCCUUCAUCAGCUCAUCCAGACAUUGACGUUGACUUGGUCACCACUCCCACUGUCGAGAGCUAUUGUUCACGUCUAUCGCUUGUUAUGAAUUCAAUGACCUUGGGGCAGUACAAGAAACAACGAAAGAAAACAGGAAUACGGGGACCAUCUCUGUUUAGAACCAUUGAAUACAACGGCGCUGAUGACCUGGCACUCGCUGACUUCACAAUUUUAAGCGACCCUGAUGAUUUUGCUGCCUUCGGAACUGCUGUCGCCCAUGCAAGACCCUUCAUUCCAACCAAUGUCGAAACACGGGCACCUCGGAACCCUGCUGAGAAGAUAAACAGUGGAUACAAAGCCUCGGAGUACUAUACACUCAUUUUCAGCCUCUGUCCUGGCUUGUUCUAUGGGAGACUUCCUGAUUACCUCUACAAGCACUUCUGCCAGCUGGUUUUGGCUAUUCGACUUGUGCAUCGGCGACACAAGUCACACCAAGAAUUGCUUGAAGCCCAGCAAAACCUCAAAGAGUUCGUUGUGUUGUUCGAACAUUACUAUUACCAACGCAAAAUUAACUGCCUUCACUUCGUUCGCCCAUGUAUUCAUGCCUUGCUCCACAUCUUUGAUGAACUGUUGCGUGUUGGUUCGCUUGCUGAGGUAUCCCAAUGGACAAUGGAACGAACUAUCGGGAACUAUGAGCGACGCAUCCGACUUCCAGCUGACCCCUAUGGAAAUCUAAACCAGGAAAUUAUUGAACAAGCAACGACAAAUGCUCUCGUUGCCAUGGAUCCAUCCUUUUGUGCUCCGAAAACACAAAAUCAGUGGCUAUCUAUUGAUAUUGGUUCACGUUAUGUAUCUCUCCAUCCACGCGGAACCCAUCUCAUGGAACCAUCUGUCACUGUUGCAUUCAGAGCAUUCUGUGAAGCAAACAGUUGGACAUUUGAGCGUCAAACGGACAUCAACUCACCACAGGUGACAUGGUUUGCACGUUUGCGCCUUCCAAAUGGGCAAGAGGCUCGGUCUCUCUGGAAGGAAGGAAAUUGGGAAAUUGAGUUGGUGCGACGAGCCCGGAAUGUCAAGAUAUCCCUCUCAAUGGAAUUACGGUACGCCGAAGUUCUAUACUACUUUACAGUUAUGCAAGGAAAUACCCGAUUUACGCUUGCGGCCGUAACAUUGUACUCAUGCCCACACCCGGAUAUUCUCGAGAAGUCUCUCAAGAUGUUGAAGGUGUGCACAAAAGAAGAGGAUGUACAAAUUAUUGAUGCUAAAUGGAUUGUGGAAGUUGUUGGAAUGAUUCCAUUCCGGCGGGCAGAAAUUUCGUGGGAUGACAAGGAGGAGGUAAAUGAAUAUUUCAUACUUGAAAAAUUCUAUUCAAAUGUAGUUAUUCAUAGUGUAGAGGAUGAGGAGAGCGAGGAAGAAUACUGA